GACGAUGAGUUAUCGGAUGUACAAGGUCAUCAACACUCUACAGAAAUUUGUCAGACAUAACAUGACAUUUACAGAUAAGCUGAAAGUGUUAAAGGCCUGGGACGAACCAUACGCCGACGCUACGACUGGGGACACCGCCUACAGUCGCCUUCACACGGAAGGGCGAGCUGUGGUAGUCCAACUGGUCUCGUCCAACACGGCGAGUAACAUGGAGGAGCUCAGUCACUUCGCCAUCUGUGCCGGAGCUGACUUCAUAUCACACAAAGGUGAUAAAUUGGAGAUAGCUGUCAAGAAGAUGAGCGGGACGACAGCGAAGAGCGUCGCUUUCCAGCUGGCUACCUUCAUCGCCGUUGAUCCUCCAACCGCCAUGAUAGCUGACUAUGACUUCCCAGCGGAGUUCACAGAGGUGGACAAAGAAAAUUACCCGCUAUUUUAUGGAAAAGGACGGGGUAAUACAGAGUUGGAUAACGGAGCCUACCUGCACCAGUUCAUGUCGUCGGAUGACACCUACCAGUACUUCCGGUUACAUCCCAGCAUUCUCACCUGUUACUCCAGUCUGCUGUUCCAGCUCAACCGUGCCAGUACUGACGGGGAGCAAAUAGACCUUGUGGUUGUCAGGGGUUACCUUGCCGAUCCGGAGCAAGUGUCCCUAUUCAGCCAAUCGACAGACGACCGAUACAACACCCACACGCUGGGCGUGGCCAUGCAGCUGAAGUUUGCCGAAAACACGUCCUCUGCAUACACUCCAGCACGGCUACUAGAGGAAGUCGUCAAGACGUGUGGACCGCUGUUCAAUCUUCAAAACGAGGCGAUGGGACUCGGGCUGUAUGCAAAUAGUGUGUUUGUUGACAUGCGGGAUUUAUUCGAGGUAUGGGUUGCGCCCGAUUCGCUCAUACCCUACCCUGGCAUGGACAAAAACGCCUACGAGGACUUCCUUGAAACUCUGCAUACAGCAGCAAUCGAGGGGCGAGUUGUUGACCCGGACGAUCCAGUCGAAGCCUGUAACCUUGCUGUUAUCCCUCUUAAACAGUCACCAACCUACCUAUACAAGCUGCCGGAGCUCGUGAAUCGCAGACGUAAACGAUCCACACCGACAGAUGUGUGUACCCCGAAUGACAGCACCGACUUCUGUUUGUCUACUGUUGGCCAUAGAAACUCCGAGGCGGCACUCGUGUGGGCGGAUAUGAUCAGACAACACCUCGACCAUGAACCCCCCUCAGAACUCCAGUACGCUGUCAGGGGGUGUUUUAGUGACUGUGGCACCUGUCUUGAAGGAAUUAUUUACGAGAGGAAGCACAAAAACUGUAGUAACAUGGUACACUGGAUGCCGUACCCAAUGUUGAAUGACGAUCCUGACGUCACAAACUUCUUCUCGCGUAAUAAGCGAUGGAGCAAAGAGCUGGCCUGCGGUCUACCUGGUCACCAUUGCAUAAAUAAAUCUCCCGCGUAUGCUAAACUGGCCCCGCAUGUGUACCGUGUGUACCGACCUGACCCGCAGAAGGCCCAAAUCGAGGAGCUGUAUUCCAAGGAAGAUAACCCAUCUCCUCUCAUGUCAGUCCUGGAAGAAACUUACGCCAUCAACGCCAAGGGCAAGGUCACCUUCUGGGUCGAGGACGAAGUCGACAUGAAGGCCAUGGAGGUCCCGUUCAAGACAGUGAUGAUGUACAACCAUGACGUCACCGUGGUGGUUAUCUACGUCAGAAACGCUGUCAGCAUUAAGCCAGUGGCUGCGGUCGUGGAAGGUUUCAUCCAGAACAUGGCCACAACCGGAUGUACACUUUAUACACGGAAGAUCCUUGCUCCUUACACGAUCGAAGUGAUCCCUGCGUCCCAUCUAGUGAAGAGAGAUACUUCCGCUGCUAAAUUUGAAAGGGACAUUAAAAACAUGGAUUAAUGGCAGGAAUAUGACAGUUCCUACAUAAGUCGCCUCUCACCUUAACGACCACUAUAUUCACGCCGGCCGCUACCCACUAUAUUGUUGGAUAGAUACUUUCCUCCAGUGUCAUUUCCAUCGUAUCAACAGUUAUAUCAUGAAGGUCGUCCUCUUGUAUUUUUGUAUUAGAUGACUUAUUAUUACUAGCUGGUUUGUUUUAUGCUUGAAAUUCGUCUUCAAAAUAUAGUUGACAAAUUGUCGCCUUAUUUGUUUCAUCAUUUAAAAAAAAAAUCAGUUUAAAACCUUAAAAUGUUGCAAAACGUAUUGUUUGCGGUAUUGCUUUUCAUUGUGUUCUCUCAACAUUUUUAUUAUUAUUUUUAAUUCAUUUGUUUUGGUCUUUUUCAUCUAUAAACCCUUUCCUGUUCUAAUCCCCAAUGACCGUAGAAAGUAUCUGCCUAUUCUUUGGUUUUCAGUGGAUUAUUACUAUAAUGAAAUACAAUUGUCGUUCAUUAACGUGACCGUAUCCAGUCUGUACAGCAAUAUGUACUGGCUCACCUUUACUCCCCGUACAAUUAGUAUACACACAAUUGUCGGACGAAAUGCUGUGAUCACUUUCAAUCUUUUGGUGACCCCCUAAAGACCACUACGGGCCUUUUUGAAAAUUGAAGACGUCCUACGCUUCCUUUUUCAAACCAAGUGUUUUGAUGUCAGCCUAUUCAUCAAUAUUUUCUGUUGGAAAACCUUUGAAUGUCCCCGACUCACUAUAGGAUAUUAGGGUCACAACUAUGCAUACAAGUCCGUCUAUCUGCCUACUGGUAUCUCCCUCUGUGGGUCUAACUGAACCAUUUCUAAACUAUCUUUGUAUAUACAAUGUAUUUGAAUGAGAAAACUACUACUAUCACAGUAGGGUUGUCCCCUUAUUAAUGAUUUAUGUUUUAUUUUGACCGGAAAAUAUACGUAAAUUUAAAAUUACAGGAAGACUGAUCCACAAUGCAUUUUACUGUUUUACAACUAGUCAGUAGAAUGGUUUUAUCUUAACGAUUUCUUGACGGUUUCCUUUAACAUCAAGCCAUUCACCUAAAGAUUGUGAAACAGCAAAAUGCCAAGGGGAUCAGUGUGGUUGUGAGGUUUCAACUUUCGUGAAUAUAUAGAUAAUUGGUUGUAAUAACUAACAUCAGAUAUGUGUCUAUAUAAGUGUUAAUGUUUUAACAAACCUUUGCAUAAUGUAAACGUUAACAACUAUUAAGUUAACAUAUUUUUGCAGUAACCCUGACAGGCUUUAGAAAAUGAAAAAAGGGUCAUCAAGCUACUACUCUUUUAACCUGUAGCGCUUAAUUUGCAUAACCAUUCUGUUGAUUGGUGUAGGGAUACCUAGCUGUGUAAACCUCCAGAGACCAGGAAUACGUCUCAUCAGCUGUUGUUUCUUAUGUUGACAGAUAUUCACCUACAGUUCUGUGGUUAAUGUUUUCGUUGACAUGAGUUAAUGUUGACGGAUUAACAUUAAUGUUUAUGAACAGUUGUUUUUCUCUUACGUGUAUCUUAUACAUUUUGUUAUCUUUAUAUCAUGUUGAAUAUUUACUAAAUCAAAAAUUGUAACCAAUGUGUAAAGUACACUUAACUUUCUCUGUUAUUUCCAAAUAUCUGUGAUCAUAUUAGCGAUAAAGAUUUAGUAAACCUU